UUGAAAAGGAUCGUAGCAUGUUCAAUUGGAGGUGUAGACCUCUUCUAUAAGAGGCAUAGUCCCCGACACUUAAGUUUUGCUUCAGAACCUUCUGAAACUGAUGAAAAUUGCCGUACUUAUGACAAUGUGCCUUAAUUAUGUAGGAUAUUGAACAAGCUAACACCAGAAAAGUUCGAUCUCCUCAAGGGUCAGCUAAUGGACUCCGGAAUCACCUCCGCUGAUAUUUUGAAGGAUGUCAUUUCACUGAUUUUUGACAAGGCUGUUCUCGAGCCCACAUUUUGCCCCAUGUAUGCCCAAUUGUGUUCUGAUCUGAAUCAGAAGCUACCUCAAUUUCCCUCCGAUGAACCUGGUGGAAGGGAAAUUACUUUUAAACGAGUCCUCUUAAAUAUCUGUCAGGAGGCUUUUGAAGGUGCAGACAAGUUGAGGGAAGAGGUUAGGCAGAUGAUUGCCCCUGAGCAAGAGAACGAGCGCAGAGAUAAAGAAAGACUGAUCAAACUUCGUACUCUUGGAAAUAUUCGAUUAAUUGGAGAGCUUCUGAAGCAAAAGAUGGUACCUGAGAAGAUUGUCCACCACAUCGUGCAGGAACUUUUAGGACCAGAUAACAAAAUCUGUCCUGCUGAAGAAAAUGUGGAGGCCAUCUGUCAGUUCUUUAACACCAUAGGUAAGCAGCUAGACGAGAAUACAAAAUCGCGGCGUAUAAAUGACAUGUACUUUGGCCGACUGAAAGAAUUGACUACACUCCCUCAGUUGGCUCCACGUUUGAAGUUCAUGGUCCGCGAUGUUCUUGAUUUGCGAGCUAACAAUUGGGUACCUAGGCGUGAAGAGGUUAAAGCCAAAACUAUUACUGAAAUACAUUCAGAGGCAGAAAAAAAUCUGGGACUACGUCCUGGUACUACUAUCAAUAUCAGAAAUAGUCGUGGUGUUGUGCCCGGUUCUCCUGGGAACACCAGCCCUGGGGGCUUUCCUAUCAAUCGACCUGGUUUGGGGGGUAUGAUGCCGGGCAUGCCAGGAACCAGGAAGAUGCCUGGUAUGCCAGGAAUGGAUAAUGACAAUUGGGAGGUUCCUAGGGCCCGUACUGUACCUAGGGGGGCAAACGGAUCUGGUAUGCAGCCUUCUGGACGUGGCCAGACACAGUUGAUUGGCAAAGCAUCAACCUUGAAUGCGAGGCUACUACCCCAGAGUACUGGUGGCCUCAUUAGUAACAAGACUAGUGCUCAAUUGCAGGGUGCAGGAGCAUCUACUACUCGUCCUAUUAACUUCGGUCAAGGGUUGGGUCAUAAACCUAUUACGGCAGCAAUGGUCCUUCCACCUGCUGAGAGAUCACAGGUUCCAGCUGCAUCUUUAAAACAAGUUGAUCUCAAAAAGAAAACUCUCUCUCUUCUUGAAGAAUAUUUCAGUAUCCGGAUUUUGGAUGAGGCUUUACAGUGCGUGGAAGAACUCAUGUCACCAGCUUACCAUCCUGAAGUUGUAAAAGAAGCCAUUUCUUUAGCCCUAGAGAAAAGCCCACCCUGUGUUGAAUCAGUCGUAAAGUUUCUGGCCUAUUUACUCUCCAGGAAGGUUUUUACUGCGGGAGACAUUGAGACUGGAUGUUUGCUAUAUGCUUCUGUGCUCGACGACGCAGGCAUUGAUUUACCAAAAGCCCCAAUCAAUUUUGGAGUGAUAAUUGGGAAACUUGUUAUAUCUGGUAGUUUGGAUUUUCAGGUGGUGAAGGAGCUCCUUAAGAAGGUGGAAGAUGACAGGUUCAGGAAAGACAUAUUUGAUGCUGUCUUGCAGACGCUAAGUUCCGAUGUGUCUGGGCAAGGAUUAUUGGAUUCAUUGGCAUCCGAUAUCGAGGCCUGUCGAAGUCUGGCAUGUUAACGCAAAUCUUAUUGCUUCGAGUUCUCUAGUUACAGACAUCAGAUGGAACAUUUUGCCCUUGGUUUUGUUAUGGCGUGCCCCGCCCCGUUUGCGUUCCUCAUAUGAUGAACAUGUAUUUCAUUAUCUGAUAAGGUGGCUACAAAGAACAGGUAAUUUUAUUUGAGUUGUAUAUUGUUUUUCGGAGUCUGGUAGAAAAUAUGUUUAUUGAGAUUUCAAAUCAAACCCCAUAAUGCCAUUGGCUUUGCUCUCCAACCAUGGCUAAAUCAUAUGCCUGUUAUUUUUACAUACACAUUCAAAAAAAAGUUAAAACAUCAUUUUUUUUUUA